AUGGGCAGCCUUGAAGUUGCAUCACUCGCUGAACCAGCCCACAUUGAUACGUUGUGGUCACAUCCUUUACCUCCAGCUCCGCGCCAUGCCGUCACCUCCCACAUACCCGGAUGGAAGGCGCUCGUCAAGCUUGCAGAGCGAGACCCCGUUCAUCUGUCCAAGGUCGUGAGCAUGUACCCACGAAUCCUACUCCACAAGGACUGUGCCCGGCUUGGCGAGCACAUUAUCAAGCUAUCGGGGCUGGAACCCGACCAGCAUGGUUGUUUUUUGUUCCCAAGACUGCAAAUAGCACAAGCAUGUGUCGACUACAUCACCAGUCAGAAUCGAACAGACGACCUGGAAACACUCGCCAGCUCAGAGGUAUCAAUCCGGGCCUUCGAAAGCAGUGGAGCCGACAAUGACACCAUCCAUGUCUUUGCGGUAAUCUUCCCCAUAGCAAAGUUGAUUCAUGUCAUGCCGUGGUGGUCGGACACUGGUGUUGCCAUUUCAAGCCGACUGGCUCAGCGGGUACUUGACAGACUGCCUGAGCUCCAUGAACGCAGUCUCGAAGCUGUCCCUGUACAGAACCAACGACUAGAGGGGCCGUACAAAGUUCUUCGUGAGCGAAUUGCUUACUUGGCCGAGCGUGCUCCUGCCAGGGCCAGGGAGAAGAAGGUAGACACUUCCGAUGUUUACUUAUUUCAGUCUGGAAUGGCAGCCAUCUACAAUGUUCACCAGCACUUGCAACGACUGGCACAGACGGCAGAGCGCAAGAGUAUCAUAUUGGGCGUCUCGUUCUACGAAACCAAGCACGUCAUCAAAAAGUACGGUACAGGUUUGAAGUUCUUUCCCAGCGUAACCGACACGACCGCACUCGAAGCCUUCCUCAGGGAAGAACAGGCCCAGGGACGUCCAGUGUUGUCGCUCUGGACCGAAUACCCGAGCAAUCCACUGCUCUCCGUGCCGGACUUUGUCCACCUACGGAAGCUUGCUGAUGAGCUAAACUUUGUUCUUGUUGUCGAUGACACCAUAGGCGGAGUCUGCAAUAUUGACGCACUUGCAGUUGCUGAUGUCGUCGUCACCAGCCUGACCAAGACAUUCAGCGGCCACGCCGAUGUCAUGGGAGGUAGCGCGAUCCUCAACCCAUCGAGUUCUUUCUAUGAAAGACUCAAGAUUUCUUUUGAAGAGGAGUUUGUCAAUGAUUUGUACAUUGAAGAUGCCAGGAUCUUGAGGCACAAUAGCGACGACUAUCUCCAUCGUCUGGCGAUUAUUAAUUCCAAUGCCAAGAUGGUAACCGAUUGGCUACAUGAAUGGUCCAAGGGCGGGCGGAGUAGCAUACAGCAUGUCUUCUACCCCACUGCAUCGCAUGAUGGAGCAAGAGACAAUUAUGAAGCCUUCAUGCGGGAACCCACGGCCGAUUUCACUCCAGGCUACGGGUGCUUAUUCAGUCUCGGCUUCAAGUCGCAGGAAGCCGCAGCAGCCUUUUACGACAAUCUUCACGUGUACCACGGUCCUCACCUGGGAGCCCACCGGACUCUGGCUUUGGGCUAUACAUAUUUGAUCUACGGCGAGGAAAACGAAGCCGAGUUUGCUGGCACGAAGCUCUCUCCCGCCCAGAUCAGAGUGUCUAUCGGGUUGGAGGACUCUAGAGAGUUAUUGCAUGUGUUCAAGUAUGCAGUUAUGAAAGCAGACGAGCUUGAUGCGGGACAAGGAAAAUGA